AUGUUUCCACCGAAUGAUCCAGUCCAACUGACAGAAGAAGAUUUAACCACGCUUAAAAAGUGUAGACAAUUAUCAUUUUGGCGAGGUAGUGUACCGUUUACAAUUGGUGCUGGUUUAGCUGUUACAGUCGCUGAUAGAUAUGGUUUCUUUACAAAACGUAGAAUGCUUCGAAUCCCGUGUUAUGUGAUCAGUAUGACUGUUGGUUAUUUUCUUGGCAAAGUCAGUUAUAUUGGUGAAUGUAAACGUAUGUUUCUUCAACUGAACGAUAGUCGUAUUAAGGAUCAAAUUCUCAGAGUAGAACAAUUCACUCAAUCUGGUGGAACAUUUCAACCAACUCCCGAUUCACCUAUUAUUGUAAAUACACCUGUAGAAAAACAUCCACCAAUGAGUUAUGCCCAACGUAGAGAAUAUUAUCGUCAUCAUCCUGAACAAUCAGGAUCAUCACCUUCAUAUUCAAAUUCUAAACCACCAGAGAUGGGAAUUGAUGAAAGUAAACAACAAUCGGAAACAAAAUCAAAUCUUCAGUAUUUCGAUAAAGACAGACCAAUUAGUUCAUUCUACUAUGAUGAUGACUAUCGACCUAAAGAAUAA